AUGAAGACGCCCGUCUUGCUCUUCCUCGUCCUGCUUGCCAUUCAUACGGUACUUCAAAUGUUUUCUCCUCUUUUCUGACACCGCACAAACACUUCACACCGUUCUCGUUUUGAAGUUUUCCAAGUCAUGUUCUAUACAGUGAUAACCUGACUGGGCCUGUCCUGGAAAACACUAAACUUGAGAAAAAUAAACAAAUAAGUGUGACCUGGUCUGAGCACUCAAAACCACUGGAGUCUGUUUCCUCUGACCUCCUAAAUCAAGAUCAAUAGCAAAAAGAAGAGCAUAAGAGACCUCUAAUCCUUCUUUUCCAUUCAUUGUCCCACUCUUAGAUCGAUGCAAAGUCGCCCGCCCGAAGCAAACGCCAAUGCGGAUGCUCUUCGAAACCUCAGAUGUCGUGCAAAUGUUCCGCUUCGGUCACUUCGCAACGUGUGUGCUCGUGUUCUCCGCUCCCGUAAGUCGACCUCUUCCUGCCGUCUUCCUACCUCUUUCCUUCCCCAGUUCCACCUCAUCCUGUGGCUGCCAAGCAUCCUCCUCGUGUGCCAACUCGUGUCGUUCCACUUGUCGGCCGACGUGCUCGUCUUCCGGAGGCUUCGGGUGUCGCAUGAACUGCCAGAACACGUGUGUCAACGCAUGCAAUAAACAAUUCGCGUAAGCAGUUCUGCCCGCCCACCCCUAUCGGUUACAUCUUCGGCACGAUACCCAUCGGCAACACCUUUCGAAGGCCGAUAUUUGAAACAACAAAGCGCGAAAAUCGGAACGAUUCUUUUUCAGACCUCAAGCAUCUACGACUGUCGUCAAGAAUCAGCCCUCUGUAAUCCGCGCCGUCGCCGGACAAUCAUGUCUUUCCGACUGCAACUCACAGGUAAACCACCGGAUGAUAUCCUGAUCAGACAAUCGAAAACUGCAGUGCUCGAACGUUUGUCAACAAAAACAAUACGGGUCCUCGCAAUGUGCAAGCUCUUGCAAUCGAUCGUGCUCUCGAGUUUGUCAAUCAAACCCUUCCGCGAGCGGAGUAACAUCCACAACUCAACCCCCUCUGAAGGUUCAUCCUGUCCAUUCGGAUAUUUUAAACGAAGAGUAUUCAGGUGCGCAUCAAGGUGCUUGAUGCCGGUGCUAACUGCAUGUCUUCCUGUUCUGACACUUGCCGCUCAUCCUGCUCAAACCGUGUUUCUCAAGCCACUUGCGAUGCCACGUGCCAGAAUACCUGCUCUUCGAUGUGCCCGGCUCAAGCUUCAGCUCAGUCAGCACCUGCAACUGAUUCAGUUCAAAGUACAACUACGACAGCACCAAUCAAAAUCAAGAUCCAGGUAAAAUUCGAAAAGUGUUCUUUAAACUGAUGUGAGUUAUCAGGUGCAACAGCAGCAACCGGCCCAAACUCCGUCACAGGAGCAGCCUCAAGCAUCUCCGCCGGUCUCUUCCCAGACUGUUCAACAGACUGCUCCUCAAGUUGCACCACAGCAGGUUCAAUGAUUCAAAGAAGUUUCGUAAUAUGUACAAUUUCUAGCCAAACUGCAUGUCGCAAUGUGAAUCGGGAUGUGCCAACUCAUGUGCUCAACUCUCUCCGCAGCCAACCGAAGGAUGUCCAGCCAGCUGCCAGAAUACUUGCUCUGAAGUGUGUGCUCCCACCGUCGCUGCUCAACCGAGCACGGCUUCUCCAUCCACAUACCCGGUCCUUUUGGAUCCUCAACAACGGUACCCUUCCUGUUCAUUUCUGAAUCUCUAAGCUGCUUAUUUCCAGAUGCUCUUCCGAAUGUCAGUCAGUCUGCCAACUCGCUUGCGUGACCCAGAAGUCUGCUCCGCCUGCCACGUGUCUUGACAAGUGCUCUCCACAGUGCGAUUCCGCGUGCACAAGUCCCCAGGUGCAGCGAAACUCUGCCCAACUCUUCACGCCUUCCGCAGAUCAGACUUCUGCUCAGCCGAUCAAGAUCAAUAUCUCGUUGACUUCCUUCAAUACGCCGUCUCCUUGA